CCGUACUCUUCUAGAAAAACUGUUCAGUCAGCAAACAAAUGCACCAGAAGAGGCAGAAAAACUGUGCACUCAAAUAAUUGCUCUAGGUCUUCUUCUGCCCUUCAGUGAUUGCUUCCGUGAACAAUGUAGCAAGAGUGCCCCCCAAAUUCCAUCCACAUUCAAUCAAGACCAGCUUUACACUUGGGCUGCAGUUAGUCAACCUACCCAUUCACUGGAUUAUCUGGAAGGUCAUUUUCCACACAGAGUUCAGACGCCAUGGCCCCCAGUCGCGAAGCCAGCAGAUGCAGAAACAGUCCCAGAACGGAUGCCUGAGAUAGAGCUGAAAACAAAAAUCCAAGAAAAUAAUGAGCAAAUAACUUUAAAAGGUCACAAGGAUGAAUUGAAAUGUACUUUGAUUAAUGAAGAGCAUGCAAAUAUUAUUCAGCAACAGGAGCAAACCAUUGAAGAUUUGAGGACUAAACUUGCAGAACAUAAAAAACAAUGCAUAGAUUUAAAUAUAUGCAGAGACCACAAUCGGGACCAGAAUGGGGUAUGUUCUGCACUUUUCACUGGAGCAGACAAUGGCCAACAUAUGACAACUAAGCAAAGUGUAGAAGUAAAAUCUGUACAGACCUCACCUAUAGAACAAUACUCCAUGAAGAAUGUGCCUUUCUUUUGUGCAUUGCCACAACCCACUGACCGAGAGAUUAGAGCAAAAAGUACUAAAAUACCUUCUGUUUUGGACAUUCAGUCACAUUUUACUUACUACUCUGAGUUGUCAGUGGUUUUAUCACCAAAGCCAAAUUCGCUGCAGUUUGAUCCACGCUGUUUCACAGAUGCAGCAUCACAAUGUACAGAACAUUCACUGGAGGAGACCAUGCCAUUACUACCUGCAUCUCCCAGUACCUAUAUAGCUACCUCAGCAGCACAUAUGGAAUCCAUAACCUCAAGUGAUUCAAAAGCUCACAUUGGGGAAAUACCCAGAAUCCUCUCUCCUUCACAAAGUUGUUCGAACAAUCUCCUACCAUUAUCUCCGCUUACGAAUUCACCUGCAAACAUAGCCAUUCCUUUUGUUUCAGGUCAAACAGAGAUGCCACCUCCUGAUAUGCAUAUUCCAUGUCCUCCUCCUCUUCCAUCACAUCUGUGCAUUGGAACACUACAAAGUUUGCCACCUCCACCACCUCCUCUGCCAACUGGUAUGGGAUUUCAUUCUCUUUAUCCACCACCACCUCCUCCGCCGCCUCCUCCCCCUCCAUUUAACCAUUCUAUAUUUGGCUCGGGUAUUCCGCCUCCUCCACCACUUCCACCAAGGAUGGGGGACAUAACAUCUAAUAUUGCUCCGCCGCCACCACCACCUCCGCCUCCACCACCACUUCCUUUAGGAAUGGGUACUGGGUCUGUUUUACCUUUCAUAAUCAAUUCCCAACCUCCCCCACCACCUCCUCUUCCAGUUGCUUUUGGGGGUUCCUCUGCUCAGUCAUCCAUUUCUAGUUUACCUCCCCCACCGCCACCACCUCCCCUUCCCUUGUCUGGACAAAUUCCUGCACCCCCAACCUUUUUGACAUCCCAUAUGCAAGGCUCCGUGCAGCUUGCCUUUGCAUCAGCACCAGUACCUGGUUAUCUAAAACCUCCUCUGCCAACUGGAUUAUUUGCAAUGGGAUUUAAUCAAGAUAAAGGGAAUAGAAAGGCCGCUAUUGAACCUUCAAAACCUAUGAAACCCCUCUACUGGACAAGAAUUGAACUACAUGGAAGAAGAGAUCCCAGUGUUCCACUUGUGUGGGAGGCAGUCAGUGAACCUAAAGUAGUUUUUUAUGAGCUAGAAGCACUUUUCUCUAAAACUGCUGUAAAGGAAAGAAAAAAGCCCAUUUCAGAUACGAUAACGAAUACAAAAACUAAACAAGUUGUCAAGCUCUUGAGCAAUAAGAGGUCUCAAGCGGUUGGAAUAUUAAUGUCUAGCCUCCAUUUAGAUAUGAAAGAUAUUCAACAUGCUGUUUUGAAGAUGGACUACUCUGUGGUUGAUCUUGAAACACUUCAGGCUUUGUAUGAAAAUAGAGCAGUUUCAGAAGAACAAGAGAAAAUUGAAAAGCAUGUAAAGGCUUCAAAGAACAAGGACCACCCUAAACCUUUGGACAAACCUGAGCAAUUCCUUUUUGAACUCACAACAAUACCCAAUUUCUCAGAGCGAGUAUUUUGCAUUCUUCAACAUGCAACAAUUUCAGAGAACAUUAGCUCCAUUCAUCGCAAGCUUGAAUUAAUAAAGAAAGUGUGUGGGGCAUUACGAGAGGAUCCUGCAGUACUACGUGUUUUGGGUUUAGUACUUGCUUUUGGAAACUACAUGAAUGGAGGAAAUCGAACAAGAGGGCAAGCUGAUGGUUUUGCACUUGAUAUUCUGCCAAAGUUAAAGGAUGUAAAGAGCAACGAUAACACACGGAAUCUUCUUUCUUAUAUUGUUUCAUACUAUCUACGCCAUUUUGAUGAGAAUGCUGGCAAAGAAGAAUGUGUCUUUACACUACCUGAACCACAAGAUCUCUUUCAAGUAUCGCAGAUGAAGUUUGAUGACUUCCAAAAGGAUCUUCGCAAAAUAAAGAAAGAUCUACUUGCCUGUGAGACAGAAGCAGCAAAAGUUUACCAGAAAUCACUAGAAGAACACCUUCAACCAUUCAGAGAGAACAUGGAAGAGUUCCUUGUCAAAGCCAAAGUGGAACAUGAAGAUUCAGAAGCUUUUUUGACAGAGGUCCAUUCAAGGUUUCUCGAAACUGCGGCAUAUUUCUGUGUGAAGCCAAAACUUGGAGACAAAGAAGUAUCUCCACAUUCAUUCUUCAGUAUUUGGCAUGAGUUCAGCACAGAUUUCAAAGAUUGUUGGAAAAAAGAAAAUAGGGUCAUAUUGCAAGAAAGGUUAAGAGAGGCGGAAGAAGUCUACAAACAGAAAAGAGAAAAGGCAUUGAUUAUUGUGAAGCCAAAACAGGAGUCUGGAAUUAAAGCAAAACUUUCGUUGAGACGUUGAAAGGAACAAUCUGCUUGGUGCUGUGGAUCUUCGAAACAAAUGUGCGUGUCAAUAGACUUACUGACUGAGAUAGUUCUAGCAUUCAUCACUUCCAUCAAUACAAACUGUCAUUACACAAACAUUAUUCCUAUGAACAGAAAAAAAAAAAACAUUUUUAGCUGUAAAUGAGUAAAAAGCAAAUGAAACAAGAAUGCUUCAAUUGCUUAUAAGGUUUAGGAUUGCCAAUGUAUAAAAUAUAAUUUUAGCUGAACUAAUUAAUAUAAAUGUUUGUAUUUAAUAAAUUCUUGUGAAAUGUGAUAUAUUUUAUUUGUAUGUGUAAUUAACUAUGAUUCUGUGUUUAGCAUAUCCUCCAUGGACUGCUACAAAAUGGAUUAUUGAGUUAUGAAAACUAAUGUGCAAUACCUAUGUUUUUCUACUUUAUUU